AAGAAAACACUGUCCAGUUGUCCGCCGCGAACGCAUCGUUUUCGGAUUAUUUACUGUGGAAACAUUCCUCCGGUGUAAAUCCUCGAGUUUUUCCGCUAAUUUCGCGUUAGUUGCUUUGUAGUUUCGUACAAUAAGUGUUAUUCUUGAGAUUGUGUGUUUAGUUUGUGCUAUAGCUCAUUGAUUUCGGUAUUAUUUUGUGCCGAUAGAAAAGUAAAUUUUUCGAUUGAUUGUUUUUGAUAACGGGAGUCCAGUGUUGGUCCGGGUUGUUAUCAGUACUCAGUGCGAGAAGGAAGUGCUUGGUUUGGGUACAAAUUUAAUUAGAGUUUUGUGUGGUGCUAUCUUGUUGAAGAAACGUACUGUAACUGACUAAUCAUGUCUGACGAAUGGGCAGUUGUUGGCAAACAGAAGAAACCCCGCAAGCCGGCAGGAGACAAAAAUAAAUCCUCAGCGGCAGGGAAAGCCGGAGUGCCCAAAAUAGAAGAUGCUGAAACAAUGGAUCAAAUUAAGUCACUGUACGCCAAUGUGAAGGACAAUCUAUUACUCGAUCACAGCCAGGGCAACAAGGAGAACAAGAACAACCAAAAUGUGGCCAACGGGAAACAGCAGAGCCAGGAACGGAAGCGAUCACCUGGACGAGGCCAGCAGCAGAACAAAGCUAAGCAAAAGCACGAAACGGACAAGAAGCAACCGUUCAGACCCAAGCAUAAAGAUCUGGGGGCGGCGUUGAAAGCCGUGAGCGUGAGUGACCUCCGCGCGCACCUGUGGGCUGUGAAUGAAAAUUUCAAAAACAAUCACCUGAUGGCACUGAAAGCGAUAACGUCGUUUCUGAACGAACACCUUCGGGUGGAUGUCGCUGAUCCCACUUUUGCCAACAAAAGUCUUUCCUAUCCGUACGACGUGCUUCCCGAGGAUCUAAAAGAACUGAUUGAUGACACGAUCACCAGCGCAGGCGAUCAGAACGUGCAAUACUUCUACGAUCUAUCACUGUCCAACCUCACAGGGGACAUGAACAAAAACCUACCGCACUGGGGCCAUGCGAUUCUCCUGCAGGCAAUGGCCAUCAGCGAUCCUCAAAUCUGCGUCAGCAAUCUGGCCCGGAAUGCCAUCUUGAGGAACUCGUUCCAGAACCGAAGCAACAUCGGGCUAAGUUUGCUGUGGGCUCUCGGCCAGGGCGGGUUCCACGAUCCGAGCGUGGGCCUCAAAGUGUGGCAGGACAUCAUGGUGCCGGUGAUUGAGCUUAAAACCUACAGCAAAUACGUAUACGAGUAUGUUCAUAAAAUACUACAUCAGAACCCGACUGCCAAACUCGACAUCUCGUCCAGUGACUUCCUGACCAUACUGAGCUCCCUGACGACGCAGAACAAAUCCAACCGGGACCUGUCCGUACUGCUCGACGACGCUUCCAGACUGCUGGUGGAACGGUACGUUCUCAGUGCCCCGAAGACCUCCAGCACGUUUACGACGCUGUUCAAAAACAUUCAGUUCAUCGCCAAACCGGAACUGAUCUACUUCGGACUGAUACUGUGCCUCAUCGAAGACCCCGAGUGCUGGGCCGCUUGGCGGGGUCUCUAUAAGAAGAACAUCCAGCAAACGGCGGAUCUGUUAAGUUUUAUUGAAAACGCUUCAACAAAACCAGUGUCUAAACUGCUAAGUGAUCGACUGUUUCAUCAAUUUUUGGAUGAUAUAGAGCAUGUUAAUACUGAGCUCGGAGAAAGCAAAAAGAAAGUAGAAGGAUUAAAGGGAUCUGUAGCGGUAUUGCAGCAAGUGCAAGACAAAGUCGCCUCCAAGAAGAGCAAAGCCGCCAAGUCCAGCAAAUCGUCCCGGACGGGAGCGACCACCGUGUGCUGUAGUUUCCUGCUGGCCACAUUCCUGCUGUUCGGUCUGACCGGUGGCCUAAUCGGUUUCGACACCUACCGGGCGGGUGGCAAGUUCGAAAACUCCCACACCGGACAGCUGCUGAAGCAGGCUGGCCUGCUUCCGGCGGUGCAGGAUGCGUGGACCUGUACGCUCAAGUACAGCGCGCGGGGCUUCAAGUGGACCGAGGAGCACGUUCCCGUGUACUACGAGCAGACGAAAAAGACCGUUGGACCCUACGUAGAAUUUUCGAUAGACUUCAGCAAAAUUCUAUGGAAUGGGGCCAAGAAGGGCUUCGGCAACGUAAAACUGCUGGUCGAACAGAAAAAACCAGUGGUGGCUGAGUUUGUUGAGCAGUACGCUCCUGGACUGCCGAAGAAGAUUGGUGACUUUGCCUGCUCGACGUGGACCACCGUCAGCACGUUUACGGUCAACACCUACAACCAGAGCUGCGAGUUCUUCAAGACUAAGGUGUUUGUUGGUCAACUAUCACCGGAAAACUUGGGAAAAGCCUUCAACAGUACCCAACAGGCUGCUGCUCAGUACUAUAGCUGGUUCCACGAACAGGUGGACUUCUACGCCAAGGCCAAGUAAACCCAGUGGCAGCAAGCCUAGCAGCAUCCUUUCAGCGUUCAAUGUGAUUCUCACACUCAAACACACACACACAUGAUGAUGUUGGAUGGAAGAACCCAGGGAACGUAACACAAAACCAGGUAAAACAGUGGAAGACAUUUUUUUAAACAAACAACAACCCAACAUCGGAGAACGUCCUCUAUCCAAUAAGAAGAAGGCUGUUUUGCUCUUGCAAUGUUGCAGUCCGCCAUCUUUCGCAACUUCUAUAGAACAAGCCGUAGUGAAGUUAAAUUUGCGCGCUUUACCAACAACUACCAGAAGUGAAAAAUCGCUUUGCGCAUCCAUCACACUGAAAUCCCACUCGAAAUACAGCUAAGGAAGCGCGCGCACGUCGUGAACAAUGGUAGCUAAAUGCUAUCAUUUCAGUUUAAGGAAGAACAUUUGAAUACCUAAUUGUAACUUUGUGUGGAUGAUGAAGAACAAACAUUGCUUAGGAAUAAUAGUUAUAUUUUUCUUGUUUUCCACGAGACAAUAACCAGCUUCUCGUGUUAUUUUUUUCUUCUUGAUCGUGAUCUGUAUGAAAGAGUUCUGCCGAUCAAGAAUGACGGCAAUAUUGCGUGAAUUUACUAGAUGUACAGACGACAAGGACCGCGGGAUUCCUAUUUGGUGGUUUAUUGUGUAGCAGAAAAUAUUGAAGAGGUACGAAGGAAAAGGAAGUUUUGUUGAGAUGAACUGGCGAAUAACAAAAAAAAAAAAAAACUGAUGAUGACGGAGAACAAAUAAAGCUGAACAUUUGCGAAAGCAACAAAAGUGAGCAUUUCAGUAACAGCGGUGAACAUUGUUUAAGUACAUUUGAUAGACUCUUUUUUUUUUAAUAAUAUUUUACUAAUUUAAUUUUUUGUUUAAUACUAAGUCUCCGGUAACUGUUUAAUGAAAAUGAGAGGAAAAUAUAGAAAAGAUUCUAAAUUA